AGUGGCUGGGCUCGGAGUUGCUUGGCUGUGCGGGGAGAACUUGAGCAGUGAGUUCGUGAGGUGAACUCGCCUCAGACACAGACUCCACAUGUAUUAGUGGCCGCGGUACUCCGCUCGCACUUGGUGCCCGCUUUAUUAGCGUUAUGGCUGCUAACGAGGACCAGGAGAUGGAGCUGGAAGCUCUGCGCUCUAUAUAUGAAGGCGAUGAUUGUUUUAAAGAAAUAGGGCCUUCAGCGUUCCAGUAUAGGGUUGGUGAUAUUGGUGACAGCAAAGCCUUCCUUAUAGAUAUAUCCUGGCCAGAAACCUACCCAGAAUCUGCCCCAGUCAUAUCUAUGAAUGCAUUUUUUAACAAUCAAAUCUCCCCUUCUGUGAAGCAGAGCAUAUUAAAUAGGUUGCAAGAGCAAGUGGAACAAAAUCUUGGCACAGCAAUGACAUACACCUUGUUUGAAUAUGCCAAAGACAAUAAAGAAGAUUUAAUGGAAAACCACCAGCCAUUCAACAAUGCUAUAACACUAGCAGGAAAUGAAAGCACAGCAGAACAUGUUAAUGCACCAAGUAAGAAGAAAGAGAAAAAGGAGCAACUGACAAAAGCGCAAAAGAAAAAAUUAGCAGACAAGACAGACUAUAAAGGCGAGCUCCCUCGUGGGUGGAACUGGGUGGAUGUUAUUAAGGUAAAGCUAUUCAGUAAUUCCUACUUGGCGACGGAGGACUUUAUUCACUACACGUUGAUAACAAGAAAGAUUUCGUGGCACAGACUUUAAUAUGUAUUAAGAUCA